GCUUCCUUGAACAGCAUGACUGUUUACUUGUUUGCAAAGGAAGAGCUCAACUGUAAUCUAACAGCAGUGAAAGAAAACCUAAUGAAGCCCGUUACUGUUAGCUUCAAAGAGGGUCUUGGUCAAAAAUUCAGGCAACCUUCAGGAACAGGAAUUGACUUUUCAGUGUUUGAAGAAUCAGAUUUAUUAAAGCAGGGGGACAUGGAUGUAUAUCCACUUGCAGUUAAAGCUGAAACAGCAUUACCUGUUGAUCAGCCACCAGAAGGGGAUGACCAAAAGAUGAAAACUCCUAACUCACAGAUCACCCAAGCCGUGUUUGAAAAGAAAGAAAAUGGGGAUUAUCAUGUAAGAGUUGUUUGCCAGAUCCUUUGGGUCAAUGGAACUAGGUAUGAACUGCAAGAAAUAUAUGGCAUAGGGAACUCCGUGGAAGGUGAUGCUGAUGCAAAUGAUCCAGGGAAAGAAUGUGUUAUUUGCCUCUCAGAACCAAGGGAUACUACUGUCCUCCCAUGUAGGCAUAUGUGCAUGUGCAGUGAGUGCGCCAAGGUCCUGAGGUACCAAACCACUCGGUGCCCCAUCUGCAGGCAGCCUGUUGAGCGUCUCCUCGAGAUCAAAGUGAACAACAAAUCUGAAGAUCAGCAACAGAUGCCCCAAUCGCCACCGCUCCCAGCACUGGCUCCGCAGCAGGAAGAGGUGUAGCCGUGAUCAAAGUCAGUUCUGAAACAUUAUAUGGCUCUCGUUUGCGGACCUUCAGGCCUUCCCUAAAGGUUUGUUCUCUCAUUUGAGCAAUGGGGAAUGUAACUGGUACUUUACCUUUAGCGUAUGUAAGGUUCUGGCAUGGCUUUGCCGACCUCUGCUGUAUCUGCCUAUCUGGAGGUGGGAGACCAAGAUGCCAAGAAGAGUGUGUACCAUAUAUACACCAUGCAUGCGUGUGCCAUGGCUACCUUAAGAAGCGUAGCGAGGAGGAUUCAUCAUUCCUGGUUGACUUCCUCCAGGGAAACCAGGUGAAGAGAAGGUUGUCUCAUAAAUUUGUACAAAAAAUGACUAUUUCCAGGGAAACCAGGCAUUCUCUGUUAUGCCAUGAAAAGUCGAUGA